AGAGAAAAACCGGACACUUCUCAUUAGUGUUUGACUGCGGACCGUGAGUCAUGGGUGAACUGACGGCAUCUUUUAAGUUUAAUGGAAACUUUGCGAAAUGAUGACAAAGGUGCAUAAACUUAGACAGCACUUACACAGAACUUUAUGAAGUACAUCAGUGGAGAGUUAACAGGGCUGUCGGACUGCACUCGAUGCGCACAAGGCGCAUUUUCUAAGCUGAAGCUGUUGGAUGUAACGAUCGUUAUUUUUAAAAAUCUGUUUUUACUUGGAAGUCAUGGCACUAUAUUUUGUUUGCUUAUUGACUCUAUUGGCGCUGAUUUUGCCUGGAGAUAUUUGGGGAGCAGGAACGUACGAGUCACGAUACACUCAACAUGUGGAUGAGAGUCAGUCUGUAUCAGCUGCACAGAGUGGAUCUAAGGUGACCAGCAGACACAGGAACUGGUGUGCCUACGUAGUAACAAAGACUGUAAGUUGUGUAAUGGAAGAUGGAGUGGAGACGUAUGUGAAACCUGAAUACCAGCGUUGUGCUUGGGGCCAGUGUUCCCAUGUGGUUUUGUAUCGGACCUAUAGAAAACCACGGUACAAGGUUGCCUAUAAAAUGGUCACAGAGAUGGAAUGGAAGUGCUGUUAUGGCUACUCAGGAGAUGAUUGCAGUGAUGGCAGGGGCAGAACUACUGGUGAAGAAGGGAGAAGUGACAGCGAAAAGAUUAGACAACUUGAGGAACAAAUUCAAAAUCUCCAGUCAACCUUAUACAACAUGAAUAAGAAAUUACAUGAAGAAUCUCGAAGGGAAGGCAUCAGUGGUGGCAACAAUCUGGCCGAUGCAGCCCAGCCAGGGAUGAGAGAGACCAUUCACAGCAUCCAGACCAAGCUGGACAUGCUGGACAACAUGACACAGGUCCAUGAUAGAACCCUCACCAGCAUCAACAACCACCUUGUGGGCGGCAAUGGAAUCGGAAAUGAGUUGGACAGUCGCUAUGGCACACUGAAAGAGGAGAUUCUCAGGGAGCUGGAAAGGCGGGUGACACUGUCUUGCUUGUCAUGUCAAACUGGAGUGGAGGGCAUUCAAAGGCAACAGCAGGAAGACAGAGAGAGGAUCCGAGCUCUGGAGAAGCACAUCAGUGUGAUGGAGCAGCACCACCAACAAACUGUAGAUUUGCUCAAGAAGGAACUAUCACACUAUCAGAGUUGCUGUGAUUCACUGAGCGAUCUGGACAGGAGGCUUGGUGCCACUGAGAGGAAGGUCAGUUCGACUGCAGAGACAUAUGAUAUCCUUAGAGGACGUCUUGAGAAAGAGUUGAGAGGAUCAGGCAAUGGCAAUGGCAAUGGCAAUGGCGGUCGGGGAAAAGCGCUUGAUGAAAAACUAAACAGCCGUCUUAGAGAACUGGAGAGAAGGCUGAAUGGGACUGUGAGAAAAACCGAGCAAAAAUGCUCCCAUACUGAGACAAGUAUGAAGGAGUUUGUCCACCGAGAGAUCGGCCAGAUAAAGAACUCUGUCCUCAGUCGAAACGAUGAUCAUGGUUAUAGAAUAUCUACCGUGGAGAUUGAUGUCCAAGACUUGAAGCGUUUCAUUAACGACCACAAAAAUGAUCUGGAAAGGUUAGGGAACAAAACAACUGAUCUCGACAGUGGGCUUAAGUCAGCGAUUAAUUUGUGCACAGAGACGUGCGUUUCAAAAGGGAGUGAGACAGCAGAUACUGUGAAAAGCCUGGAAUGGAAGGUUGUUGCCAAUGAGGAGGACAUUAAGAAGUUUGACACCAAACUAAAGGAUUUAAGUGUGUCUGGUGACUCCUUAUUGCACCGUAUUAUAGAUCUCAGCCAAGACGUUAAAAAAAUUAAGGAUCUGACAGGACAUAACGGAGAGCACUUUAACCAAAUCGUCACCGAUGUGGAGAAUAUGUUACGUGAUUGUGACGUAUGCAAUACGAUAAAGGAAGAACUUAGUACAAUAAGAAACAUAACCAGCCAUACUUUUAACAAGUUCCAGGGAGAACUUAUAGAUUUACACAGAAAAGUAGAUUCAGAUGAGUAUGCUUGCUCGCUGGUAUGCUCAAACCUCCAGGAGGAAGUGGGCAAACUGAAAGAAGAGGUUGAGAAAUGCACAGGCCAAUGCGUGAUCAGCAUGGCUAACCAUCAGAGGAACAUGGAUAAUCAAAAUACCAUAACUCGCAAGCUUGGCAAAGACCUCAAGUCCAUUCAGGGUGAGCUCACAGGGGUAAUCCAAAUGUUCAGCUCCAUCAAUGACACUCUGAAAGGCCUCAGGAACACCAUACAGGGGCAUGAAAACUCUAUUUUUGAGCUGGACUCGUCUAAGGAAAGAAUUUACUCUGAAUUAGAUCAGAUUCAGGAUGAUCUGAACAAGCACAAAGUAGACAGUAAAGUGCGUUUCGAUGGCAUCAGUAGCUUUAACAGCAAUUUGAUGAUUGAAAUGGGAGAAUGCAAACUUUCUCGAGAAGGGCUGGAUAAGAGGCUCUCGAAGAUGGAGGAUGCCUGCGGUAGACUGGAUUCCUUGUCAGUAAACCUUCAGACAAUCAAAGAUGGCCUGAACAAACACGUUUCUGGGCUUUGGACAUGUGUUAAUGACCUAAACUCCACAGUUAUCUCUCACGGUGAGGCCAUCAACAGCAUUCAGAAUGUUCACUUAGAGAACAUUCAUGGCAAAAUGAACAAUCUCAACUCUUCCAUACUGCAUGUCCUCAAGAAGUUCCAGAGCUUCAUUGAAGAGGACUUCACUGGACCUCCUGGACCACCUGGUCCUCAGGGAGAGAAAGGAUCCAAAGGACCAGCUGGGCCUCAAGGACCUCCAGGCAGAGAAGGACCACAAGGGAAAGUAGGGCCAAUAGGACCCCCAGGCCUCAGAGGUGAACAAGGACCUCCUGGAGAGGAUGCAAACGUCCCAAGACUGUCAUUCUCAGCAGCACUCACACGACCGCAACCCAAUGCAGGCACUAUUGUCUUCAACAAGGUCUUUGUCAAUGAAAGAAAGGCCUACAAUCCAAAGACAGGUAUGUUCACUGCACCUGUGAAGGGGCGAUACUUCUUCAGUGCAGUCCUGACAGGUCACAAGAAUGUCAAGAUCGAGGCAGUCUUGUCUAAAUCCAAUUAUGGAAUUGCCCGCGGAGAUUCAGCAGGCUAUCAGCCUGAGGGUCUUGAGAAACCCAUGGCAGAGGCACAGCACACUCCUGGCUCCCUGGUCAUCUUCAACAUCAUACUUCCUCUGGAGAAGGGAGAUACUGUCUGCAUUGACCUGGUCACAGGUAAACUUGCCCACUCUGUGGAGCCCCUUACGAUCUUCAGUGGGAUGUUGCUCUAUGAGGAAGACGACAGAUUGUAAGACCCAUCUGAGACUCAGUGAGGACAAUUUCAGAUGUAAACAUUUGUAUCUGGACAUAACUUUUUUGAAGAACAGUUAUACAUAUUCAGUGUUGAAUAAGGUUUAUAAUACAAAUUAUAUGCAGGUUUUGUUUAUAGCAGGCC